AUGGAUUUCUUACCUUCACACCUUCCGAUUCCCCAUAAUUCGCAUUUUCCUCAAUUGCCAUCAGAGCUUAUUGUCCGCAGGGGGUUCCUUUGUAAUUCCUAUGAUGAACUGAAGAAAGGUACCUUUACUCGAAUGUCAUUACACAAUACUUUGACGGCAAAGCAGGAAGAGAAUGUUUAUAAUGUCUCUCAACUUGGCCAACCGCAUGUUGUCGACCGAUUAGUUUAUUCAAAAAGUAAAGCUGUUUUACGUCACUUUGAACAAGGUCACUGGCGUGUAUUCCGCCUCGAUACUUGCAAUGAAAAAAAUAUAAUGGCUUCGAAAUUCCUUUUUCCUGGAGUGCUUGAUCCGUGUGCUUCGCAAUCCAGAUACUACUGUACCCUCUGUGAAUCUAGCUACAACCAACUCUAUCUGCUUCAUUCUCAUGCACUUUCCACGUAA